AUGGCGGCGCCCACAGACCUCAAGAUUUUGGUCGCUGAGGACAACACAGUGAACGUGAUGGUGCUCAUGUCCAUGCUCAAGCGCAUGGGCCUUAAAGCCACGGUCGCCAAGAACGGCGUGGAGGCCGUGGAGGCGGUGCAGAAGCAAAAAUUCGAUAUAAUCCUCUCCGAUAUAUGCAUGCCGCUCAUGGACGGGCUGACAGCCACGCAGCUGAUUCGCAAGUACGAGCGCACGGGUAUAUUCCCCGCGGAGGAGAUUGCUAAGGCGAAAGCGUCGGGGGCGCCUGCGGGGGACGAGAAGGCGGGGUUGGCGGAGUGGACGGGCGGGGACGCGGGGGAAGCGGGGGGGGAGGGGGAUUUCCGCCCGCGCACGCCCGUGGUGGCUGUGAGCGCGAACGCGCUGCAGGCGGAUCAGGAUCGGUGCAAAGCGGCGGGGAUGGAUGCUUUUAUGUCAAAACCGACCCCCUCCCAAACCGGUCGUGGAAUCGAGUAG